GGUAGGUACACAUGCUAUGUACGGAAUACCCGGGCGGAUCUGUUCCUCAAUCCAAUGAAAUAGUUAUUACGGUAAAUUGAUUUCACAGUCGUGGCUGGCCUUCCGUCAUCGUCUCCUUCGCAUCCUACCCACUACGUAAUUUCGUUGCUCCCCUUUCCCACAAUCCGGCAUCCGAUUUUUUACAAUACCAUCAUCGUUAUCCAGUUCAUUAACCGCCUAUAAAAGCAUACCUACGUAGUCGUGUUUAGUUCAUUACCUACCUACCUAGGUACCUAAAUAACAACAUCGUGCGAUACCUCUUUUCUUGCAUACUAGCAUACCAGCAAUACCAGCAAAUCAAACUUCCUUGCCCUACUUUACUUUGACAUCAGCAGCAGCUUCUUCCCCCCCGCCUCUGCGCAACCAUAUUGCCUUUUAUCAACUUUCAAGUCCAGACAUCUUUCUUCGAACCCUUUACAGCUCUACGAAUAAAUCAUAGAAAAAAUGUCUGCACAAGAUCGUGUCCAGCAUUAUAUAUCCCAGCUCGACCGUGAGCUUUCCAAAUACCCUGCUCUCAACAACCUUGAAAAGCAGUUUGGGGUUCCUAAGGUUUAUGCUGUUCUCGGCGUAGCUUCCCUCUACUUAUUCUUCAUCAUUUUCAACCUCGGCGGUCAACUCCUGACCAACUUCGCCGGCUUCGUGGUCCCCGGAUACUACUCUCUAGCUGCCCUAUUUAGUGCCACCAAAGCAGAUGACACUCAGUGGUUGACCUACUGGGUUGUCUUUGCCCUCUUCUCCGUUGUUGAGAGCGCCGUCAGUGUUGUCUACUGGUUCCCCUUCUACUAUACCUUCAAGUUUGUCUUCUUGCUUUGGCUUUCGCUGCCCAUGUUCAGCGGCGCCCAACUUAUCUUCCGAUCUUUCCUACAGCCAAUGCUUGGACGACACUUUUCCGAGUCCGGUUCAACUGCUGCCAACUUGCGCGCCAAGGCCGACUCUUUUGGCAAGGACCAGUAAACUAGCUUAUUUGAUCGGGCCGCCGCUAUGAGCAUGGACAAGCAGAGCAAUCCACACAUGCUCUAGUGGAUACAAAUUCGUCAAGUUGACAUGACUACUGGCACUCGUCAGUGACAGUCCAUGACCAGGGUUUCCCACCCUGAAAAAGAAUGGAAGAACUAUAGUUGUGAUGCAGUUGGGAAAGGAUCUCUGUCGUGUUGGAGGAUGCUAUGUCCUUUCCUAGAAAUUGUUUCCUUGGACGAUUAUAGAACUCAGUUGGUUGGUGCGUAUAGAGGUUAAUCCGUAAAUGAUAUUGCAUUUUACCACAUUCUUAAAUGACCAACUCGAUAUCAAAUGCCUACGACGUACGAAAUCCUGGUAGUCGACCUUGCAGUAUGUGUAUGCACGUCUAAUCCUAACGUG